GGCGACUCCGCCCACUGACUGAGCAUCAGCUGUCUGGGCGUUUAGUUGUGAUGGUAACGGCGUUCAGGCGCUGACCUCUGACCCCUGAGGCUGCCCGGCGGGACGAGAGUCCCUACUGGCACCAUUAUUCCUUAGAGAUGUCAGUGUCUGAGAAGGACACCGCAGAGUCUCAUUCGGAAGGGAGGUCUGAAGAACCACUUGAUACAACCCCCGAGCCCUUGGAGGACGGUUCAGACACCCAGGUGGCGCCCGAGGACUCCCCGCCUCCUCCAUGCCCCGACUGCGGACGGACUUUCCAAACUCUCCGCGCGCACAGACUCCACAGGCGCAACCAUGCCACUGACCUCUCGUACACCUGCAAGGACUGCGAUGUGGCCCGUGCUGGGGCCACCGAGGGGAGCGAGAAGCCAUACUCGUGCUCCGUCUGCGGGCGCCGCUUCUGCUGGCUUUUGGCCUUACACAGUCAUCAUGAACAGCACACGGGCCAGCGUGGCUACCAGUGCUCACAGUGUGGCAAGCAGUUGCCCAACCAGCCAGCCUUCCGUAGACACCAACAAGCUCACCGCAAGGAUCGGGUUUGCGUCUGGUGCGGAAAAGCUUUCAACUGCUCGGCAAAAUUGUCCCGUCACAUGCGUAUCCACACCGGGGAAAGACCAUAUCAGUGCCCGGAAUGCCCACAAGCGUUCACACAGCUAGAGACUCUCCGGGUCCACCAGUGGGUGCAUGAGGAUCCUAAGCCAUACCAAUGUCAGGAUUGUGGACGGAGGUUUCGGGCCCAACGCACCUUCGAGAAGCACAGACACCUGCACGUCUCUCGUAAGCCUCACGCCUGUCCCAUCUGUAGCAAGACUUUCUUCUUCUCCUCUCGCUACAAGCGCCAUCUGCGAAUCCACACAGGGGAGAGACCUUUCCAGUGCCAACAGUGCGGCAAGAGCUUUAACCAGCGCUCCAAUUACCAGAGGCAUCGGGCGGUCCACGCCGGCAAAAGACCCUUCCCUUGUACCCUUUGCGAAAAAAGUUUCAGCCAAGCGUCCAACUACCGACGCCAUCUUCAGACUCACAGGAAGGGGAGGGACAGGUGGGAAGAGAAUGGAGAGUAUAAGUGCAUUGAGUGUGGGGUACGCUUCACACAAGAAGGGGGGCUCCAUGAGCACUAUAUACAGCACGCCAGGGGGGAGCUGUGACAUGAGCCCACCAAAAUCUGCAUGACGGAAAAAGUAGGAAAAAGCAGGUUCCCUUCCUUUCCGAUUCUCCAUUUGUAAAUGUAAAUCACACUGCACAUGUACUGUAUAUAUGGAGCUACAUCCGGUGCCAGUCGUCAGGUCAUAUGUGAUGCUGGCCACUAGGGGAGCCGUUUCCCUCACUGUAUUAUCCCACCAGGCCACGGUCCACUGAGGGAUAGGGUGAACUGCCACCUCUGCCCUGGCACGUACCGUGUAUACAGAUGGCAUAUCCACUUCUGCAUUAUGAAGCACUUAACGGUCUGUAUCUGUAUGUCAUCCUAGAAAAUAAAAAAACAACGUGUAAUAUAAUGUGUCGUCACCAACGGAGAGAUGGUUUAUGGGACACUAUAGAGGGGCCUUUAUACAGGAGGGGGUGGGUGCGUAGUAUUACAAUUUCCCCCAGGUGAGCCUUUUUAAAGGGGUCAGGCACUUUGUUAUGUGUAGUGCACCAUGCAGGCUAGUGGUCGUACAUACUGUAGCAUCAGACCGGCUGCCCAGCACCCGCCUGAAUGC